UAGAACUAGAUACUGAAUAAAGCGUCCCUGGAAGCUCCAGCAGCGGAUUCUGUUUUGAUAUGUUGUGGUUGUUUAGGUAGCAGACCCAGUGCAACUGUUAUACUCAUUUGUAAGGGAAAAUGUCGAUUAUAAUCGCACUUGAUUGAUCUUACCCUUACUGGGACAAGAGAAGAACUUGUAGUUAGAAAGUAACCAUGACAGCAGCUGCUGCUCUACAGAUUGGAGACCAGCUGAUCCUGGAAGAGGACUACGAUGAGAACUAUAUCCCCUCCCAACAAGAGAUCCACGAGUACGCACGAGAGAUUGGCAUUGAUCCCAAUCAGGAGCCGGAGCUCCUAUGGCUGGCCAGGGAGGGCAUUGUUGCCCCACUGCCUCCCGAAUGGAAACCCUGUCAGGACGUGUCGGGGGACGUGUACUACUUCAACUUCUCCUCGGGCCAGUCCACCUGGGACCACCCGUGUGACGAGCAAUACCGCAGCCUGGUAAAACAGGAGCGCGAACGAGCCGGCACCCAGCCCCACGGGCCCCCCACCACCGCCGCUAAGAAGAAGGAGAAGAAGAAAAAAGACAAGAAGGAGCCAAAGAAGAAGGCGAAAGACCAAGAGCUCCUGAAGCCACCAGGAUAUGUAAACAAAGGGGAAAGUCCUGCAUUGAAGGAGAGCCAGACAGAAACAGGGAAGGCCACUCUUGGAUUACAGGGACCCUCUGCACCCACCCAGCCCCCUCUCUCCCCCCUGAACGCCCUCUCUAAUACAGCACCCCCCAGCUUGGCUCCACUAUCCCACCUGUCCACCCUCCCUCCUCUCACCUGGGCUGUAUCUCCUCUCACCCCACUGGGUGGGUCUGUCCGCUGCAGUAAGGCCCUAGCGGAUGCCCAAGAGAUCCUGGGCCUUUCUCCUGGCUUCUCUAGAGCUUACUCUGACCCAGUCCCAGAGACUCAGCCUCCACCUGCCUCCUCACACCCUCCCAACACCCCUGGGAGGGGGUUCGAACUGACUUGGGGGCUAGGCCCAUAUGAUGAGGAAUGGGACAGGGCAGUGGGGUUUGGCCUAGGGCCCACUGAUGACACACAGAGCCAAGCUGAUGCAGUUAGUCAUGGUAGUAUCGAGGGGGGAGCAGAGGGCUUUGUCACUGAGGAGGUGGUGGAAUGGAGGGAGGCAGCAGAAGCGGGCAGGGAUAGCAGUAGUGAUUUCAGUGACAAAGUGGUCUGUUUGGAAGUGGAGGUAGAGGAAGGAAAGGCUAUUGAACCCCAAUUGCCUUCAUGUGGUCAUUCUACACCUGGGGCAGUGAUGACCAAAACAUAUGAGGGAAUAGAAAGCCAAGCCAAGCAGAAGGGAAAGUUCAUCCCAGGAGUUCACUUACUUGAUGCCAGGGACAGUGAGCAGGACCUCGUCAGCUACCUGGCCCCUCUCUGUCUCUCCCCGAGGCCCAUGUCCCCCUACCUCUCAGCCGAGAGACAGGGGAUGAGAGAGAGCAUGGCUGAUCCCGCAAUGCAGGGCAGUGCAGGGAGUCGGCAGCUGUUGAGCUUGGCCCCAUUGGGGAGCCUGGGGAGCCUCGCUCCUCUACGGGGUCUUGAUGGCGCAGCCUUGAGGGGGUCCCUGGGCAGCUCUGGAGGGCUGGAGUCCCUGAAGAGUCCGCUUGGGGGUCCUCUCUCAAGCCUGGGGUCCAGCCUACUGGGAUGGCGACAGGAGGAGCGCGUGUCUUUCUCUCUACCUGGGUUCGAGGAUGAUGAGGGUAACAUCUCAGAGGAUGAGCAGCCGAGUCCUCUUGGCUCGGCCAGACUGUUACAGAACUUGCACCUGGACUUGGAUGCGUUGGGAGGAGGGCUGCAGUAUGAGGACAGCGAGGCCAGUGGAGUGGCCCCACCAGAGGAGAGGACAGAAGCAGAGCUACAGGACCUGGCCCUGUCUGGAGAGCACAGCCCUGAGCCCCCCCCCCAACAGGACUCCCUUCGUGGACGCCACCUCCCCUCCUGUCCACCAUGCGGAGGCAGCAGGGACUGCCCCCCUACCCCAGACCCUCAGCAUGCUAAAACUAGAGACAGUGGAGAGGAGGAGGAGGAAGAUUAUGAGGAGGGGUGGGGAGAGGAUGGAGAGAGUGUGGUUGAGGAGGAAGGUGGUGAAGAGGAGAACCAGGGAGAAGAGGGACAAGUGAGUGAGAAGAAGAAAGGAGAGCAGGAGGAGGAGGGCAAGGACGUUGAGGCUGAGGUCACUGAGGAGGUAGAGUGUGUAGAAAAGUUGGAGGAGGCAGAGGAGCAAAGUGAUGAGGUCAUAAAGAGGUGUGUAAAAAGUGAAGAAGGGGAGGAAGAGGGGACUGGUGACGUAGUUGAGAAAAGUGUGGAAAAAGUCCAUACAAAGGAGGAAGAACAAGGAAGUGAUGAAAAGAUAGAUAGAUAUCUUGGAGAGCAAGAAGAGAGGGAUGAGAGAGUAGAGCAAUGUGUUAAAAAUGAAGAACUUGAUAAACAGGUAGAAGAAAGAAAUGAGCUGGUUGAGAGCGGUGUUAAAAGUGAGGGAGAACAAAAAGCAGAAGAGAGUGAUGAGGGAGUUGACAGAUGCAAUACAAGUGAGGAAGAAGGAGAGGAAAAAGGGGGGGAACAGGAGGAAGAGAGUGAUGAGGUAGUAGAGAGAUAUUUGAAAGAGUUGGAAGGAGGCGAUGAAGAGGAAAGUGAGAUAGUGGGGGAGAGAGAUUUGAAAAGCAAGCAUGUGGAAAGGAAGGAAGAGACUGUCAGAGACAGUGUAGAGGAGAAGAAAGAGGAGGACGAUGAGGCAAAGGGAGAUGAGGAUAGUGAUGAAGUGUUUGAGAGGUGGUUGAAAGAGGAGGAAGGCAAAGAGGAGGCUGAGGGUGAGAGUGAGGUGGUAGAGAGAUGUGUGAAAAGUGAAGAAGAGGAGGGUGAGAGUGAGGUGGUAGAGAGAUGUGUGAAAAGUGAAGAAGAGGUGGACGAGGAGGGUGAGAGUGAGGUGGUAGAGAGAUGUGUGAAAAGUGAAGAAGAGGAGGGUGAAAGUGAGCUGGUAGAGAGGUGUGAGGAAGAUGUGGAAGAGGAGGGUGAGAGUGAGGUGGUAGAGAGGUGUGUGAAAAGUAAGGAAGAGGAGGGUGAGACUGAGGUGGUAGAGAGGUGUGUGAAAAGUGAAGAAGAGGAGGGUGAGAGUGGGGUGGUAGAGAGAUGUGUGAAAAGUGAAGAAGAGGUGGAUGAGGAGGGUGAGAGUGAGGUGGUAGAGAGAUGUGUGAAAAGUGAAGAAGAGGAGGGUGAAAGUGAGCUGGUAGAGAGGCGUGAGGAAGAUGUGGAAGAGGAGGGUGAGAGUGAGGUGGUAGAGAGGUGUGUGAAAAGUGAGGAAGAGGUGGAAGAAGAGGGUGAGAGUGAGGUGUUGGAGAGGUGUGUGAAAAGCGAGGAAGUGGAGGAAAGUGACAAAGUCUUGGAGAGAUGCUCGCCGAGUGAAAAACGAGCUAGUGAAGGAGUGGAGAGCAGUGAGGAGGAGGUGGAGGGGUGCAUCAAAAGCGAACGAAAAGAAAAGGAAGGAGACAAACUUGAAGAAGACAGUGAUGAGGUGGUGGAAGAAGUGCAAGCCUCACCGAAACCCAAAACAUCCACAAGCUCAGACAAAGUAAUCGAGAGAUUUGAACCACAAACGGUCCAAGUUAGGUCAAUGGGGCAGAAGAAGAAGAUAGCGGACCUUAAACGAAGUGACAACAUGGAGGUGUAUGUGGGGAAGAAGAAGAAUGUGCCCAAACAAAGCCCUCUACCAGCAGAGCAGUCCGAGGCCAGCGAGCACAUGGAGGUGGCCUCCUCCUCCACCAAGGACCUCAGGUCUGGUUUUGGCUCCAAGUUGUCAGAGAAAGUCCUGGACCUGAAGGAUCUCUCCCCUGCUGUUAGUCCACUCUUGCAGGAUGAAGAGGGCAAAGUGAAAGUCAGUGCGGCAGAGGAGAAGGAACGGAGGAAGAGGGCAGAAGCUGCAGAGAGGCGUCUUCAAGCUGCCGGCAGAGAGGAUCCAGCAAUGGAGGACAGGCACCCCAGCCAGUCCAGUGAAUCCCAACAGGACACAGGGUCCUCCCAUUCUGAGCCGGAGCCCCGGCCGCGGGCUGAGGGGGUUAGCACCAGCGCCAGCCUAGGGGUCCAGGGGGUCAAGCGGCCUGACACCUCCAGAGGCCGCCUAGUUAGGAGCCCUCACAACCACUACAAGGACGAAGCCCCCAGACAGGGGGCGGACAGCAGAAGGACCCAGGAGGAGGAGAGGGACAAGGAGAGGAGGGAGACUGAGAGGGAGAUAGAGGAGGAGAAGGAGCAUGCGCUGCGUGAGAGGCUGGAGAAGGUGCGCCUACUUCAGGAGGAGCUGAGGCGGGAGGAGGAAGAGGAGGAACAGAGGCUGAAGGAGGAGAGCGAAGAGAGGGUCAGGAGCCUGAGGGAGAGGCUCCAGAGUAAGGGGAGGGAAGAGGAGAACAGGCUGAGUGUGGAGUCUGAAAGCAGGCUACUGGAGCUGAGGGAGAUGGCCAGGAGGGAGAGAGAGAACCAGCAACGCAACGUCAGGGAGGAGGGCGAGGCGAUGCUGAGGCAGCUGCGUGCCACCCUGGAGGUGGAGAGAGAGGCGGAGCGAGAGAGGAUAGAGGCCCAGAGGAGGCGGGACCUACAGCGACUGAGGGAGGAGUCAGAGGAGGAGCUACAUGCGGAGAAGCGGAGACUGCUUGGGGAGCGGGAGGAACAACUCGACUCCCUCAAACAGGAGGGGAGAAGCAGUGCCAGUGAGAGGCGGAGGGAGUUGAAGAGCCCUCGUAGCCCAGAGCAACAUCUAGCAGAGUACCAAAAAGAGUUGGGAGACGUGCUCCAGGAAGUGAGGGAGGAAGUGCAGCGUGACCACGGCAGGAAGCUGGAGCAGCUCAAAGACGACCACCGCAGAGAACUCAACUCAAUCAGAGACAAUUAUCUGGACCAGGAGGCUGUCCAAAGGGAGCAGUUGCUGUGUGCCCUGCAGGAGGAGAGAGAUCGCCUGCUGGCCACCCACAGCGCCCAGCUGGAGAGACUCCGUACACAGCUAGACUCCCAGCUCUCCAAGACCCGCCAGACGCACACACGCAAGGAGGCAGGGAUUCAGGAGCUGGGGGACAAGCUGGAGCUGAGAGCCAGAGAACUGAAGACCCAGGAGGCAACACUGAAGACCCAGGCAGCGAAUUUGAAGAAGAGGCGGCAGCAGCUUGGGGAUGAAGAGGAUGAGAUAGACAGAGGAAUAGAGGCUCUGCCUGGAGUCAUGCAGGAGAGAGAUGGACUGAGAGAGGAUCUGGAGCGGGUGGAAGGACAGAGGGACAGGGCGAGGCAGGAGGCGGAGACAGCGAGGGAGGAGAGGACCAAAGUGAGAGACGAGUUGGAGACAAUUAGGGAGGAGAGGGACAAAGCGAAGGAGGAGAGCAGGAGGAUGAAGGAGGAGCGGGACCGGCUAGAGAGCAAGGUGGAGCUGCUGCAGGAGCGCUGUGAUCGGCUGUGCCUCAGAGUCAGUGAUUUGGAGCAGAGUGAGAUCAAGAGGCCUACUACUAGACUGGACAGAACAGAGGAGGAGGAGGCAAGGAAGGAGGAGAAGGAUAGCGAGGCACCACCCUCUACUGCUGGACGGGAGAAAGUGCUGCAUGUGGAAGAUCUGAAAGAACCUCCUGUCUUGGAUGACUUGCGUCAGUAUAUCUCCUCUGAGGGGCUGUCCCUGCAGAAAGCCCGGCGCUUCCUGGAGAGGGAGAGUGGUCGUCUGAGUGAGAGACAGGCAGCACUGCAGGCAGCUCAGGCCCAGUCCAGCUCCUCUCAGUACCCCAACACCACCAGCCACGCCCAGGCCACACAGGAGAUGUACAGGAACCUGCAGCAGGUGCGUGAGGCCAGUGACGUGGAGGAGUUGAGGGUGACUGUGAAGAGGGGGAACUCGCUGCUACGCAGGAAGGAGGAGAGACUACAACAGCUAGAGAGCUCCGUAGCUGAAGAGGUCUCCCCUCAUCACUACUAUGAUGACCAGGACAGACUGGUGACUGAUAGGAAGGUGGCCUUUGAUGUGACUGAAUCGGAUAUGAGCAGCGUCAGCAAUGGCCUUGAUGGCCCUGGUGAGGAGCCCACAGUGCCGGCUAAGGUGCAGCACUUAGCUGAGUCGCUCCAGCACAUCUCUGGCCAGCUCAGCACAGUCCUGGGGGCCCUGGGCUCCCUGACCCAACGCCAGACCCCUUACCAGCCUCUCCCCCUACCCCUGCCCCUCUCCCAGCCCCGAACCCCCACCUCAAUGCCUCUUUCACAGCUCUCCAUGCCUCUGUCUGGUCCCUCCUGGGCGUGGGCCCCUCACAGCACCUCCAUCCAGCCACGGGGUUCUGAGGACCUGCUCAACAGCCGCUGGGCCAAGCUCUUCCCUGGGGCUCCUAUUGAGUCCAUAGCCACCAGUUCCUUGAGGACGCAUACGCUUUAUUCAGGGUACAGUCCUGCAAGCGAGCAGGCUCGUAGUCUGUCCUCCAUGCAGCCUAAGUCGGUGGAGAUGGAUGGCCAGAGGCUACAGGGUCUGAUCGACGGCAACAAGAGAUGGCUGGAGACACGCAGGAAAGACCCCAGUGUACCUCUGUUCACGCGUUAUCGGACCCCCCCAACUAUGAGUGGACUGGUCCAGCUGAGCCUGGAUGACAACAACCAGAUUAAAGUGUACCAUUACUAAAGGGGGGUGGGUGGAGUUACAUACAGAGCAAGGAUCAACACAAGCAGAUAAAGAUGUACUGUUACUGAAAAAGGGCUAAGGACAGGGGUGGGUUUUUAAAAUUAACUUGGAAGUAAUGCAGGGAUUCCUCUAGCUCUGGUCCAGGGCGUUACUAGAGGAACCCCCUCGACUAUGUGUGGACAAAGGAACGCCCUGGACCAGAGCUAGGAUUCCUCUACAACCAGAUUUACAUAUCAGAUUACUGUAAGAAACAUUUUUAAGACGUCUGUCCUCUGGUGAACUCCGCUUUAGCUGCGAUUGUGUUUCAGUGGACUCAUUUUAUUCCAUUGGCAUGCAAGGGUGAAUAUCUUGGGAUUAUGGAGACAAUAGCCCCGUAGUCAACAAACCAGUUUGUUUCCCAAUUUUUUGGCCUCUAGCUCUUUAAAUGUUUCAAAAGCAGAUAGUUGUUACAUAUACAAUAGGUGCUUCACUUUAUUAGGAGAGACAUCUCGAGGUUGGAGUGAGAUACUGUUGAUAGCUGACAUGGUAUCAGGUUGUAUAAGAGACGUAUCACUCAUUCCGCUGUGUGAGAAGUUCAAGCCAUACCAUAAUAACCACUACAAGGGCAAGACAAUGACUUGUGAGGGAUCCGCAGUCUUUAUGAAAUUCUGGUAAGAGGGACUCUUCGUGUUUUACUGUGCAGAUAGACGUGAAAUUUUUACCAUAUUUUUUUAUAAGAAACGUUUUAAUAAAUGUAAAGUGGUGUAUA